UGUUUCCUGGUGCUUAAUACCGUCUUCUUAUUGCAGGUGUUUAGCUAGAGACAGACUCUCAAGCAGCAGAAAGAAGAGGAACCCAGGCUGCUUACGAAGGUCCCCUGAAAUUACUCCAGGCUUCCCUGAGGUUCCCUUAAGCAGCCUCCUUUUUCUUUAAUUUUUCCCACAGCCCUGCUUAGCUCAUGCUAGGAGGCGUGGCUUGGCAGAGUGGCCUUGUUUUUCCCGGAGUUAAGGUUCUCUCCUCAUCACCGUGCAUCCUGGCUCUUCAGAUCCCUCCUAGGUUUGGGGAAAUCAUGUCUCUGCACGCAACCUACUUUCCUGGAGCACGGCGUGGCGCUGACCGCAGAGCCUGGCCCUCUACUUGAUGAUGACGCUGUUGCCUCAUUUCUUCUGAGCACUCGCUGGUGACGAGGAGCAGAGGGAGGGAGCCUUGCUAGGUCCUGCGGAUCGCAUGCCCAAGCCUCUGCUCGCUCACUGCCUUUAUGAUGCCACCAGCGAAUACACCGAUUGGGCUUGGAUGAAUCACCCAGCCGGCCAAUCUCGACUGCACUAGUUCUCAGUGCCUGAGUCAGUGGCACUGUUACAGAGUGUGGCAGGAUAGACCUGCCUAGCUGUCGUCGCCGGCUAACUGAGAUGCUGGGUGGAGGAGAUGGCAGCCAACUGCUCUGGCAGCUCUGCCUGCCCUGCCAACAGCUCAGAGCAGGAGCUGCCUGGAAUGCCAGAGGGGCGCGGGAGCCUGGGACUGGUCUUCACUGUCGGGUCUGCCGUGAUGAUGGCCAUGGUCAUGUUCUCCCUGGGGUGCUCUGUGGACAUCCGGAAGCUCUGGUGGCAUCUAAGGAGGCCCUGGGGUGUCACCGUGGGACUACUUUGCCAGUUUGGGCUCAUGCCACUGACUGCCUAUCUCCUGGCCAUCAGCUUCUCUCUGAGGCCAGUGCAGGCAGUCGCUGUUCUUAUCAUGGGGUGCUGCCCCGGGGGCACUGUGUCUAACAUCUUCACCUUCUGGGUGGACGGAGACAUGGAUCUCAGCAUCAGCAUGACGACCUGCUCCACAGUGGCCGCCCUGGGCAUGAUGCCCCUCUGCCUCUAUCUCUACACCUGGUCCUGGCACCUGGCUCAGAGCCUCACCGUUCCAUAUCACAGCUUAGGGAUUACUCUGCUGUGUCUGACCAUCCCGGUGGCCUUUGGCAUCUACGUGAAUUUCAAGUGGCCAAAACAAUCGAAAAUCAUUCUCAAGGUCGGGGCCGUGGUUGGCAGCCUCCUCCUCCUGGUGGUCACAGUCGCUGGUGUGGUGCUGUCCAAGGAGUUCUGGAAUUCAGAUACCAGCUUUCUGACCAUCAGUUUCCUCUUCCCUUUGAUGGGUCACAUCGCGGGCUUCCUGCUGGCGCUCCUUACCCGACAGUCCUGGCAAAGGUGCAGGACCAUUUCCCUAGAAACCGGGGCUCAGAACAUCCAGCUGUGUAUCACCAUGCUCCAGCUAUCGUUUACUGCUGAGGACCUGGCCCAGAUGUUUAACUUCCCGCUGGCCUACGGCUUAUUCCAGCUGCUGGAUGGAUUUCUCAUUGUGACAGUGUACCAGGCAUACAAGAGACUGAAGAGCAAACACACACAGCAGAGCCUGCAUGGUGCUGAAGCCCCUCCAGAGAUGAGACCCAAGGAGACAAAUGCUUUCUUGGAGGGGGAUGAAGCAUCGGCUGUGACCCCCAGGCCUUCGGGGUCGGGGGGUCCCCACAGCCUCCUCGCUUCCUGUGAACUGUGUGAACUUGCUGGCCAGUCAGGGCCCCCACACUCUGGAGCAGCAAGGAAGGACGGUGGGCACUGCUGCCUGACCCCUGUCGGCAGAGCCCCGUGUUAAUGACUUGCAUGUUUGUGGGUUCUGAACCACAGCAGAGUCCCUUUCCGAGGGGCUCCUUGGGGCCACAUGGUAGGGUCACUGCAUGUGCUGUUGCCUUCCUGGAGCAGAGUGCACAGGGGGUGCCUUUCCAGUGGGUUUGGUGCAUCAAGAGCCCGGGGCUCAGGUGCUGGGCAGAGCUCAGCCAGGUCCCUGUCACUUUCAGAGCCAGGGCGGGUCCUGGAGCACUCAGGAGGAAACCAUGAGCUCUCACCAAAAGGGGCCCUUCCCGCAGACUGGACUGUCUUUUGUGAUUACAGGCUCUAUUGGUCUUUCGACGGGAGUUAACGAAAACACGGGGUCAAAAGCAAAGGCCUGUGCUGUCCCUCCCUAGGGAGCCAUGCGUCCAGUGUCCUGAUCUCUGUGUGUGCAGAGUCCUCAGGAGAGCGCCAGACCGUCCGUGUCUAAGCCUGGGGCAGGGGCCUGGUGGCACUGCAGAGCUUUCCUACCCGGGGUCCUGCUGACCUACCUCAUUCUACAGCAGUAGGCCCAAGAAGUGUCUCAGCCCUGCACAGGACACAGCUGUCACCCACGGUGUUCAGACCCCCAGCAGUGCUCUGCUCUGCUUUGCACGGGGCUGCCCGGUGCCCUGCACCGCACCACCAGGUCAUGGUGAUCAGGUCACAGCGCCCCAAACAUCUCCGUGGAGACACAUUUUCAAAGUCGCGCCCGAAGCAGGCCUUUGCAGCCCUGCCCGCGUGGGCACCACGGUUCCCUGCUGGUGACCGCAUUUGUCCCGUGCAUCGCCAGCACUUCCCUUGCUGCCUUUCACCUCUUCCUGGAAUGCAGUUUUAUAUUUCACACAUUCAGCUUUCUUUUAACAUGGUCAAAGAUUCUCAGUGUUAAAAUAUUUAUACGUUUUGUGAGUUACAAGACACUUUGUGACAAUGUCCUGAGCCCCUUUUCAGGAGUCCACGUGGGGACCUAGCACAUGCCGCAGGGAAACAAAGCCUGCAGGAGGGAAGCCCGCCCUUCCCCGUGCCCACAUCAUUAAAGGUCCUUUCCCUGUUCUUUUCUAGUA